AUGGGCUCCCUCCUCACCUUCGCUACUAGCAACCUGAGUUUUGAUAGCGCUGCACCACGGGACAUCCUUGAGAACAACAGAUCCCUUGACUUGAUCCAAUUCCUCUCCAUCGCUCAGCAUACCAAGACCGACUUCUUGCCGAUCACAUGGGCACCCUUUGAGGAACUCGCUGGCAGGGGCGGGUCCGCUCAAAUCAGCCAGUCACAGAUCAACAUUCAGACAAGCUUUGCGUUUAAACGUUUUUCGGAACCUAGAAGUGAUGGGGCUGAACUGGUCUUCAAGGCUUUGGCUUCUGAAAUUCGGGUCCUUCAGAAUCCGCACACACGAUCCAGCCCUCACGUAGUCAAUUUGCAAGGCAUUUGCUGGGAAUUCGACGACCCAAGUGGCACCAUAUACCCAGUGCUAGUUUUUCCUAAGGCCGAAUAUGGAGAUCUAUAUACAUACUUGCGUCGCCAAGACGGUAAAGCCGUUUCUUUCGACACAAGACUCAAAUGGUGCAUUCAGAUCGCCCGAGCUAUUAACACUUUGCAUACGGAAAAAAUGUUACAAAACCUGACACAAUUAAAAGAUGUUGUUCAUGGAGACAUCAAGCCUCAAAAUAUCCUACUGUACAAGUCCUCAGACGGGCCGCCAGUGGUAGCCGUCACAGACUUUGCAUACUCUUGUCUUGGCCGAAGUGAGACUGACAUUGUACGGUUACCUAGAUCGCCACCUUGGCAAGCGCCUGAGUGGCACCAUCGAGGCUUUCCCAUCGCUCAUGCCAAGAAAAUGGACAUAUAUUCGUUCGGCAUGCUUUGUGCGUGGGUGUUGUUUGGGAGGACCAUGUUGGAACUGAAGACUGAACGUGCACAAAUAGAGGACUGCCAAGCUGGAAGUAUUGAGGCUUUACUGAGUGACUUGAAAGAGCGCCAGGUGCUAUUUGAGACUCUGUGUGAGAUCAUGAAACAAGAUCUCCCAAAUGAUCCAGAACGUAGCCAAAGACUAGUCCAUUUCUUUGCCAAGACGAUCUGUGAUGAUCAGGAUCAAAGAGGUCUGAACGAUCUCUUGCAAGAUUACAAGUUUUGUAUAUCCCUGACAGAUUCACAGAUUCCUUCGUCGCUCUUGCAGCUUGUUUGGGGAGACUUCCGCCUUCGCACAAUGAUCUACAACGGUCUCAAAGCCAAAGUCCAUCGCGGUUCUACAACAACCCAGAAACGUGCAGCUUUCCAGUUGGCGAUUUGUUAUCACAUAGGAUUUGGGACAGCCAGAGAUAUGUCGCAAGUAGAGUAUUACCUCAAGCUGUGCUCAAAGCGUACGGAGGAUCUCCGCGCUGCCGUCGCCCAGGUUGAAGAUCAAAGGGUUUUCCAGCCUGGGAAGUUUCUGGAGCUGUGGACAAGCGGAUUUAUCAGUCCUGUCCAAUAUCCACAGCAUUAUCGAGAUCACGGACAGCAAGUUCUAGCGAAGAAAGAAUACGCGAGGACGAUUGCUGACUUUGAGAUCGCGUUUGGGGAUCAACAUUUCCUGGUCCAAAACCUGAAGGAAAUACUUGCCGAUAUUUUACAAGACGAGGGAAGGGAUGACGAGGCGGUUGAGUUGCUCAACCGAGUUUUGGCAUGCAGGCAGAGAAUUUCCAAAGUGCAUCCCGUCACACUGGCAGUGGAGACGCGUCUGGCGUCUGUCCUGGAAAGACAAGGGAAUUUCGCAGAGGCCGAAAGGCUAGCAUCAUCGGCUAUGGCCAAGAGCAAGGAAUUACUAGGUCCAAAUCAUCCACAAGUGAUCCUGGGCCUGGCCGGUCUAUCCUCAGUCUUCGAAAAACUACAACGCUGGCGGGAAGUCGAAGAACUCGACCGACAAGUUUUGGAAUUCUAUAUAAGCAUGUUUGGAGAGGAACAUCCAAACACAAUCAAGGCGAGAAGUAAUUUGGCUUCAGCGAUGAGAGCUUUGGCACUCAAGGAUCCACAGAGACUGAGAGAAGUGGAGCAGUUGCAGGCUCAAGUUAUGGCUAUAAGUAAAAAGUGUAUCGGACCAGAGCAUCCAGAUACGCUAAACAGCAUGUCCAACCUGGCAGCCACGUAUCAGGAACAGCAACGGUGGGUGGAAGCUGAGCAGCUUAUGCGAGAGGUCUUGGUCAUUUCGGAACGGCGCCUGGGACACAACCACCCCGACAACAUAUCGAGCCUCGGACACUUGGCAGCGAACCUGAAUCACCAGAAACGGUGGACGGAUGCCGAAAACCUGCUCGUCCAAGCUCAAGAGCUUUCGUUAAAAGUUCAUGGUGUAGAUCAUCAGCAACGUCUUACAAUCAUGGGAAAUCUUGCAGAAGUAUAUCGGAAACAGGACAAAUUAGCAGAAGCCGAGAUAUUGGCUCACGAAGUUCUGGAGCGACGAUCACACCUCUUUGGUUUCAACCAUCCGGAUACAAUAACAAGCAUGAUCAGCCUAGCGGUCACGUACUGGCUCGAAGGUCGGCUCGGUGAUGCAACGGACUUGUACUGGGACGCCGUCAGUGUGAGUAUCGAAGUCCAUGGAGCAAAGCAUCCGCAAACACUAAGGAUUUCCCACGACCUGGCAGUUUGCCUCCAUGGACAGGGGUCGCACGAAGAUGCUGUUGCUCUAAUGAAAGAAGUCGUUGUGCAAAGAGAUGCUACGGGCAUAGACUCGACGACAUCAAAUCAGUUUCUUCACACUUGGCAGUGA